AGAAAGACAACAAGGACACACGUCUUUCUUCAAGCUAAUAAUAACAAGGACACUGAGGUUGUAGACAGGUCUUUUCUGUAGUUUGUUGAGUCCCCACUGUGUGUUUGGGGCACUGUAGCUUUAAUGCUGUGAACACGUGGAUUUACUCACAGUUACGAACCGGCGUUUUUACUGAUAACAGCCACUGACACUGCCACUAGGAAUUGAGAAUAUGGAGUACGUGCCAGAUGACAACUCCAGGUACAAAGAUGUCGACUACUGGGAUGAAAGGUAUAAAACAGAGCAGUCUUAUGACUGGUUGGGCAACUUCUCCAAAUUCCACCACAUUCUGGAAAAACACAUCGAGAAGGAAGACCCUAUUCUCAUACUUGGUUGUGGAAACAGCAGUAUGAGUGGCGACAUGUACAGCGCCGGCUACCACUCCAUCACCAACAUAGACUACUCCUCAGUGUGCAUCAGUACAAUGAGCGCCAGGUACAGUCACUGCCCAGGUAUGACCUGGCAUGAGAUGGACGUGCGCCAGCUCUCCUUCCCCGAUGCGUCCUUCGAUGUCAUCCUAGAAAAGGCCACGCUGGAUGCCAUCAUGGUAGAAGAGAAGACACCAUGGGAAGUGUCCACUCAGACUGCUGGUUUCAUUCACAAGGCACUCACAGAGAUUUGUCGCUGCUUGAAGCCUGGAGGACGAUUCAUCUCCGUCACCUUCGCCAACCCCUUUUUCAGGAAGCGCCUCUAUGCUCGCACAGAGUACAACUGGUCAAUUAAGAAGUAUACUUAUGGAAAAGGCUUUGAAUAUUUUGUGUAUGUAAUGACCAAAGGAGAGGAGCUCAGCCCAGAGGAUGCAGCUCUGGAGAAAAAGCUACUAGAGGACACCAAAUCCCCACCUACCAAGAUCGCCACAACACAAAAUGUCCCUGAGGAAGACUUCAUGUCUAAUAUUGAUUUGUAAAAUAACUGGAUUAUCUAAAGGAAUUUUAGGAAUAUAUUAUCCCUAUAAAUAAGCUCUAUACUGUGAUGACGACUUUUGUAAGAAGUAGCGACAAUGUAAUUUUCAUUGAGGUCUGGGUAUAGAUGUUCAUACAGACGUCUGCAAGGAAAGAUUACAGAGGACUUGUUUUAUACUGGAUUUUAACUACACAGCACCAGGGACCCUUAAUACAAAUAAAAUCUGUAUAAUGUCUGAUUUUAAAUGUCCUUGGUUUCCUGUGUGAUUUUAUUAUUUCUAUGUAGGGAUGUGGGACAGUACCUUCUCUCUCCGCUUCCCUACAGUGUCAAUGGUGUCAAAGUCAAUGCUAACAUAACUGCAAAGCUUAAAAAAUAUUAUGAUCUUGUGAUUUUUGCUUGCUGAUGUUAGCUUGCUUGCUAAUAUAGAAAAAUAGCUAGCUUCAUCCAGACUCCUGGGGCCGGCUUGCCAAUUGCAGGUUACUUUGUCAGCUGGUGUUGUGGGUCGGACGGCACCAGAUAACAUGGAUGCUCAAAUCCAUGUGGUGAAUGCAUUCAUUUGUCGUUUAUACAUCCCCAAGAUAACUAGUAGAGGCACAAAGCAAUCCGCCAAUGGCAGACAACAUCUUAAAAGCAGUGGCUCUUCUUACAGCGGCAUUAUCUGCAACUGCCUAAUAUAACCAAAGAUACUGGAAGGAAUUCUGCUUUAUCCUACCAUGAACAUUGUUUUAUAAAUGUUUAUACGAUUAUAUUGUUUAUACAGUUUAAUUGUGAUUGCUAUGGAGUAAUUUGUACUCUUAAUAACUAUGACUCAUCAUGGUUCUUCUGUCUGUGUCAUAAUUUUACGAAUCUGCUACUAUCAGCAUCUGUUCUAUUGCAGUUCAUAAUUUAAACCUUUAGCUUUUAUAAGAAUGUGUUACAUCCCAGUGUCCUGCCUAUACAUCAGAAAGAUCCAACAACCUACCAGUGUUGUGCAAUUUGCAAGACAAACUGGCCUGUCUAGACACAGUACAUAACCGCAGCACCAGCCUGCAUGUAAAGUCAGUUUUAAAGUCUAUUAAUAUGUCAGUCAGAGUGUCCCCUUCUGUUGGGGUUGUCCACAUCUGUCCCAUGUCUGCUUUAGAUUCCAGACAAAAUUUGCUAAUGGAGAUGUGCAGUGUUUCACACACCUGUCAAGCACGCUGGUGCUACGUGUGGACACAUACACAUGUCCAUCCAAGUAAUGGCUCACCCUGCACAUUAUUUGUUGAGGAAACAUGAGAUCAGUCUCGGGUCCUGUGCUCUCUGCUGCUUAAAUAUAGACCAGAAAGGGAGAUAGAGCCAGGCGUGCAGACAGGCAGGAAGGCUGGUGACUGGAGGGGGGACCACAUUGAUAAAGUAGAAAUCAUUUAUUUUUAAUUCUCCACUGAGAUCUAAUUACCGCCUAUUUUUAAGACUGGGGUGGGGGUGGGGGGGGGUUGUGAUUUUUCAGAUGGCUCUUCCGUUCCACGAUUUUUUGCUGGUGUAACGUGGUAGUUUGUUUAACCUUAACUUGUAUGUAAACGAGUCUCCCCACGAGGUCUGUUCAGUAGCUGUUUUGGAGCUUUUGAUCGUACUGAAUGAUCUUCCAGAGCUGAUUUUGCCCAGUUGUCAUGGGAUUGACUGUUGGCUAAACCCCACAACACAUGUGUAGCUUACAAUAAUAAAGGUCUCAGCUACCUCUUGAAAUUCAACAAUGAGUCCUUGAUUUCAUUCAGAGAACAACAAAGGCAGAUGUAAGUCCAUUAUAAAUAUAAGAACAGACAGUUACAUAACCAUGUUUGACUGGUUAGCCUGCUCACUGUUUCAGAGUUUGCGUUCACUUUUAACGUUACAAGAGAGGUUUUGUGAGGAUGAGGACUAACUUGUGUGUUUUGUUAAAGGUAACGCUAUCUCAUGUAAUGUUAGUUUGGGUUGCUGGAAUAAAGGUACCCAAAUUCAAUAAAGAGCUGCUAAUGUUACCCUAAACACUGGUAGCAUCCAUAACUGACUGCCAUCCAUCGGAGAAAACGACUCAGUGAAUGUGCUAGUUGCAAAAAGGGAUGUUUUUAAUGUAACCUGUGACCCCACACACUAAUGUAGUGUAAUGAUGUGCUCUUUGGUAGUACUGACAAAACAAUGUCACCACAAGAUCAUUUAAAGUUAAAGAGCUUUUCUAGAUCUUUGGAUUCCAUAAUAACUGGAGUCCAUCUGCUGAGCAAGAAUGUGUGACGUAAUUUAAAGCUACUGUUUCUAAUCUGUUGUGCUCGGACAAAAUAAGUUUAAAAUUUCCCUCUUUGUCUUUUAUACUGAAAGAAAUGUCCCAACUAAGUAAAGUUUGAUGUUGAUGA